GGGUGGUGGGGGAGUGAGUGGAGCGCUUGAUUCAGGAAUCACGAAUGGCGUGGGCUCUUCUCUUAUCUCCUCCUCCUCCUCAUCUUCUCAACAGCCUUCCCAUCUCCUCUUCCGUGAAGUUCAAGAUCACCGACAACAACCACAGUAACAUUAAGUACUGGAAGAGCUGGAGGCAAAGAAGGUCAAGUAGCAGCAGCGUCAUUGCUGCUAAAGCUUCCGAGAAAGACGAUGGCGGCGGCGACGACGACGCAAUGGGAUUCAAUCCCUUCGGCUUUGUCACCGACAAUCCCUCCAGUCGGAGCGCCAUUCAGCUUCCCGAGAGUCCCGCCGAGGCCGGCAACGUCGGCCAAAUGCUCUAUAGAAUAGAAGACAAGGGAAAGGAUUUUGGAUCUUACAUCAAGUCUGGGGAUCUCAUAUGGUUCGUGAGAGAAACAGGAUCGCCCGAGGGCCGACGCGGAACUGUUGUUUUCCUUCACGGUGCUCCAGCACAAUCUUACAGCUAUCGAGUUGUUAUGUCUCAGAUGGCAGAUGUUGGAUUCCACUGCUUUGCACCUGAUUGGAUAGGUUUUGGUUUCAGUGAUAAGCCACAGCCAGGAUAUGGUUUUGACUACACUGAAGAGGAGUUCCAUGCAGAAUUUGACAAAUUACUAGAUAUCCUGGGGAUCAACUCUCCUUUCUCCCUGGUGGUUCAGGGGUUUCUUGUAGGUUCAUAUGGAUUAACUUGGGCCUUGAAAAAUCCCAGCAGAAUAAUGAAGCUGGCCAUCUUGAACACUCCACUGACAGUUUCAUCUCCAAUUCCUGGACUUUUUCAACAGCUCAGAAUUCCUCUCUAUGGUGAAUUUACUUGCCAGAAUGCCGUAAUGGCUGAGCGGUUUAUUGAAGCAGGUAGCCCUUAUGUCCUGAAGCUAGAAAAGGCUGAUGUUUAUCGGUUACCGUAUUUGUCAAGCAGUGGACCAGGAUUUGCUCUUCUUGAAGCUGCAAGAAAAGCCAACUUCAAAGGUAUCUCAAGCCAAAUAGAAACUGGUUUUGCAUCAGGAAGCUGGGAGAAACCAGUACUAAUUACCUGGGGAAUAUCUGAUAAGUAUCUGCCUCCGUCGGUGGCAGAAGAAUUUCAGAAAAAAAAUCCUUCCUUUGUCAGGCUGAAGCUGAUAGAAGGAGCUGGCCAUAUGCCACAGGAGGACUGGCCUGAGAAAGUUGUGGAUGCUUUGAGGGCAUUUUUCUAGUUUUGACACAUUAAUCAUCAUUUCUUUAGUUGAAGAACAGUUUGCGCCAAGUCUGAGUUUGAUCUGAUCAGUUAGCAGGUCUAUUCGGAGAUUGAAGGUAAAUAGAAUGGACAACAACUCAGCGCUCUUGUGUUGUUACCAAAAGGCUUGUAUUGGUAUUCAAUUGGGACCAAGCUGAUGAAGGUAAGGACGUAUAGAUCAACAAUUUGAUUAGUGAACCAUUAUUAAAGCGCCCUAACCAUUUUCAUAUAAAAAAUCUGUUUGUUAUUUUAUACGUUUCCUACACCUUUAUCAUAUUAUAUGUAAAUAUACAUGUAUAUGAUUGUAAAAGAUGGUGUCUUGCUUUGGUAAUGUACAAGUCACAGCAAAUAUUUAGUUCUA